CACAAAUUCACAUCUGUGCAGUGGUGUGCACCGUGGACUAGAAUAUAUUUACUUUUAGAAAUACGUGUUAAAUAUUAAAUAGUUUCACUAUUAAUAGUUUAACAUUCUUAUAAUACUCGAUUUAGUUUGAGGAAGAAGAAUUGUACUAGGUUUAUAUUUAUUUGAAGGUUCGAGAAAAGACAUAACCAUGCCGCCGAAGAAAGCAAGCGGCGGCGGCGGCGGUGGUGGCCCGAGUAAAAAGACAGAGGCGAAGAAAAAGGAUAAAGUUAUCGAGGAUAAAACCUUUGGGCUUAAAAAUAAGAAGGGAGCGAAGCAGCAGAAGUUUAUUCAGCAAGUUGAGAAGCAAGUGAAGAGUGGCGGCAUUCACCCUGCCAAGCCUAUGGAUGACAAGAAGAAAGAAAAGGAGGCCAAAAUGAAAGAACAAAAAGAAUUAGCGAUGCUGUUCAAACCUGUGCAGACACAGAAAGUUGAAAAAGGUACGGACCCCAAGUCGGUGGUGUGUGCAUUCUUCAAGCAGGGUCAGUGUACGAAGGGAGAUAAGUGCAAAUUCUCGCACGACUUGACACUUGAAAGAAAAGCUGAGAAACGAUCUCUAUAUGUGGACAUGCGAGAUGACGACGACAAUAUGGACAACUGGGAUGAAGAUAAGCUAAAGGAAGUAGUUGAGAAGAAACACGGCGAGGGUGAUAAGCAGAGACCUACUACUGAUAUUAUCUGCAAACAUUUCUUGGAAGCUGUAGAGAAAUCAAAGUAUGGGUGGUUUUGGGAGUGUCCUUCUGGUACUAAAUGUAUAUACAGGCACGCUCUCCCACCAGGCUUCGUUCUGAAGAGAGAUAAAAAGAAAAUGGAGGAGAAGAAGAAUGAGAUCUCUCUUGUCGACCUGAUUGAAAGAGAGAGAGCCGCACUUGGACCCAAUCAGACAAAGAUUACAUUAGAAACUUUCCUUGCCUGGAAAAAGAAGAAGAUUAAGGACAAACACGACGCUCAAACGAAGGCUGAGGAGCAACGUCGCAGUGACUUCAAGGCGGGUCGCGCGGUGGGUCUGUCCGGGCGCGAGAUGUUCUCGUUCGACCCGGCGCUGGCGGCCGACGCGGACGAGGACGACGACGAGGCCGUCGACCUCGCCACCUACGGGGACGAGGACGCAGACACGACGGAGUACAGAGAAGUACAGUUCGACCUCAUCGCUAUGGAAGCUUCCGAGGCGGACGACACGGGCACCAAAGCGACAGAAGACAGACUGCACCAACUAGGCCAGGGUCUGUCCAAUGGAACCAGUUCCACUGGCGACGGAGACGACACCCAGUCCUCCAAGGAGGGAUCCUCUACCGACACCGCCUCCGCUGUACCCAUCAACGAAAACCUCUUUUUAGAUGAAGAUUUAGACGAAGAACUUCAAAACUUAGACUUAGAAGAUUAGUAUUUAAAAUUAUAUACAAAGUGUGACCUCAUUGGACCGUUUAUGUGGUGAUAAUAUGUUGUAAAGCCUUCGCUUAUUGGUGGCACGGGAAGACAUUUCUGUGUUAAAGAAAAUUGUACCUUGUUGUGUGUUUUUAUGGUUGAAAUUUCAAUACAGAUAUAAAUAAAGUGUAUAGGUAACAAAUCAAAGCUGUUCCUAUGUGAUAGAGUUGAAAUUCCAAUGAGUAUAAAAUCUAAUUUAAACUGUCAAACACCAAGCGGUCACCGGUGACCGCAACCUAUUGUUCUAUAAUUGUGUCUA